CCUUCCCGCCCAGUUUUCAUCCCUGCUUUCAUCCGGAUGUCCGGCCCCGCGGUCAGCGCGCUCCUGGUGGGAGGCACCGAGGACGUGACCGUGUCCCUGGCCCUGGUGCAGGACAAGGAGGGAGUGCUGCCAGUUCCGACUUGUGGCUCGCUGGGCAACGAGACGGGAGACUGGAGUGUGACCGCCACCCCCCACUUGAACGUGCUGGAAGUGACAGUAAGGUCGAAGCAUGGUCUGCAGUGGUGUUCCUCUAAUGCGACAGAUUCCUUCCCAGAGUCUCCGUGUGUCGUCCAAACUCUGCUGGUUUCAGCAUCUCACAAUUCAUCCUGUUUAGCUCAUCUACUCAUUCAAGUGGAAAUUUAUGCUAACUCCUCUCUGACCCACAAUGCAUCAGGUACGAAAAAUGUGGCACCCAUUGAGCCAGAGAUCAAAACCAGAGAAGGGAUGGAAGGACAGACGGGAGAGAACAUGACCGUUAUUCCUGACCAGGCCUACCAGCCCCUUGGCCCUUGUCCCUGUAACUUAACAGCUGGGGCCUGUGACAUCCGUUGCUGUUGUGACCAGGAGUGCUCCCCGGAUCUAACAGACCUGUUCCGAGGGUCCUGCUACACCGGUGCUUUUGGAGGCGACGUCAACCCCGUCUUUGACCAGCUCUGUUCCGCUGGGAUGCCCCACCACGCCCCUGCCUGGUUCCCCUUGCUGUGUGUGCAGUCGUCCCUUGCCAACACGCCUUUCCUCGGCUACUUCUAUCAUGGCGCUGUUUCUCCUAAGCAAGACUCUUCUCCCGAAGUGUAUUUGCAUACUGAUCUGAAAGACCUUUCAGACUUUGGCUACAAGCAAGGAGAUCCAAUUAUGACUGCAGAGAAGACGUAUUUUACUAUUCCUCAGGUGUCCCUGGCUGGGCAGUGCAUGCAGAACGCCCCAGUGGCGUUCCUUCAGAACUUCGAUGCUAGGUGCAUGACUGAUUUGGAAGUGUACCGGGAACGACGUGGGGCUGCCAGUGUGAAGAUAAAGAGCGGUGUCGUAGGAGGCAUCAUAACACCGAAAGUCACCUACGAGGAGGCAGCCGACCUAGACGGAGUGGUCACCGGCACAGAAAUUCUUUUAAGGAAUGGGUCAGCCCCCCGAAACGUGAAUGUGGAAGAACAUUACAUCUUCAGAUGGGAUAACAGCACGAUCAGUGCAGUGCAUGUCAGGGUCGUCAGGGCAGAAGUCCGCGCUCACCAGAAAGGAAUAAUGGCACAGAGAUUCACAGUGAAGUUUGUGAGCUACAACAGUGGUAAUGAAGAGGAGCUGUCCGGAAAUCCGGGUUACCAACUUGGCAAGCCUGUUCGCGCUCUGAAUACCGACAGGAUGAAUAACAGCACGAGUCUCCACCUUUGGCAGUCAGCUGGAAGGGGUUUGUGUACAUCAGCAACUUUCAAACCCAUUUUGUUUGGAGAAAAUGCACUGUCUGGGUGCCUGUUGGAAGUUGGGAUUAGAGAAAACUGCACUCAGCUCAGGGAGUAUGCCAUGGAAAGGCUUGAUUCCUUAAUGCAGGCCACGCAUGUCGCAGCCAGAGGCAAUUCCGAUUACAGCGACCUGAGUGACGGCUGGCUGGAGAUAGCACGAAAACAGUUGCUCGUUCAGAAAUCCGAUACUUGCCAUUCUGCAGGGGUGGAUGCCCCUGCCACAGGGGCAGACACGUCUCCCAGCAACGUCAGUGGCAUCUGCCUGGAUGUCCCCGCCCAGCUGCACGUCCGCAUCCUCGUCGCCGAUGCCGGCUCGGUGGAAGGCGUUACUCAGCAGGAGAUCCUCGGCGUGGAGACCAGGUUCUCCUCCGUGACCUGGCAGUACCAGUGUGGGCUCACCUGUGAGGGCAGGGCCGACCUUUUCCCGCUCAGUGCUUCCGUCCAGUUUAUUAAGAUACCUGCCCAGCUACCCCGCCCCUUGACAAGAUUCCAGAUCAAUUUCACAGAGUACGACUGUGACAGGAAUGACGUGUGCUGGCCACAACUGCUGUACCCAUUGACCCGGUAUUACCAAGGGGAGCCUUAUUCUCAGUGCGCUGCCCAGGGCCUGCUGCUGGCAUCCUUCCUCCUGCUGGCUGUGCUCCUCAGCAACCCCUGGACCAGAAGACGCAAAGCCUGGAGUUCUGCCACCUGACUCCUUGAAGACUGCAGACUGCAACUUGAGUGAUUUGUUGUAGCCCUACGUGCCUCUCUGGAAAAUCCAAUAAAUGAAUGUCUUAUUUUUGUAGAA